AUGUCUCGAGCAGCAAUCUCGCGUCUGCGCAAGCCUUUAAUAGGCCUCGCCGCCGUGGCCACCACCGGCACCGUCCUCUACGCCUCCCGCCGACAGAACAGACACUCGUUUGACACGCCGCUAGUGCCGCUACAGCGCGACGACAGCGGUCGCAUCGUGCCGCCGACAUUUCCCAAGCUCAAGAGCCGCGCCGAGAACCUCGCCGAGCUCCGCCGCCACGGACAACCUGACAGUAACGAAGAGUAUGACCUCCUGAUUAUCGGCGGCGGCGCGACCGGAACGGGCAUCGCGCUCGACGCCGUGACGCGCGGUCUCAAGGUCGCCCUCGUCGAGCGCGACGACUUCUCAGCCGGGACGAGCUCCAAGAGCACCAAGCUCGUCCACGGCGGCGUGCGGUACCUAGAGAAGGCCGUAUGGAACCUCGACUAUGCGCAGCUGCAGCUCGUCAUGGAGGCGCUGCACGAGCGCCGCACGUUCCUCGACAUCGCGCCGCAUCUGUCGCGGUCGCUGCCCAUCCUGCUGCCGCUCGAGCGCUGGUGGCAGGCGCCGUACAUGUGGGUUGGCACCAAGGCGUACGACCUGCUGGCCGGUGACCAGGGGCUGGAGCCGUCGUACUACAUGGGCCGUGCCGCUGCGCUGGCCCGGCUGCCGCUGCUGAACCCGGAGAAGCUGGUCGGCGCUCUCGUCUACUACGAUGGCCAGCACAACGACUCACGCAUGAACGUGGCCCUCGCGACCACGGCGUCGCUCUACGGCGCGACGGUGCUCAACCACGUCGAGGUCACGGGCCUGCGCAAGGGCGCCGACGGCAAGAUUUGCGGCGCGAUGGUGCGUGACGUCCUCGCCGGCGACGACGCCGAGGCCGGCCUCGAUGGCGGCGAGUUCGCUGUCCGCGCCAAGGGCGUCAUCAACGCGACCGGCCCGUUCGCCGACGCCGUCGAGCGCAUGGACGAGCCCACGCGCAAGCCGAUGAUCGCUCCCGCGUCGGGCGCGCACGUGGUGCUGCCGGCGGGCCUGUGCCCGAGCGGCAUGGGCAUGCUGGACGCAGCGACGUCGGACGGACGCGUCGUCUUCGUGCUGCCGUGGGAGGGCCGCACGCUGGCGGGCACGACGGACAACGCGUGCGAGGUGGAGCGGCAGCCGACGGCGCGCGGCGAGGAUGUCGAAUUCAUCCUUGGUGAGGUCAGCAAGCUGCUGCGCCCCGAGGCGGCGCUGACACGCGCCGACGUGCUGGCCGCCUGGUCCGGCAUCCGCCCUCUGGUGCGCGACCCGCACGCCAAGAACACCGAGUCGCUCGUCCGCAGCCACCUCGUCACCGUGUCGCCCGCGGGCCUGCUGACUUGCGCCGGCGGCAAGUGGACGACCUACCGCCAGAUGGCCGAGGACGCCGUCGACCAGGCCAUCGAGACGUUUGGCCUGCAACCGCGCGCUGACGUGGCCCUCGCCAACAUCUCCGGCGCCUGCCCCCAAGGCGCCUCGGCCCUGCAGAGCACCACCGGCGCGUGCGUCACCCGCAAGGCCGUCCUGGUCGGCUCCCACGGCUACUCGACCAAGCUGCCCGCUGAGCUCGCCGAGGACCGCGUCCUCGACGCCGACGUCGCGCACCACCUGGCCACCAACUACGGUGACCGCGCGUGGGCUGUUCUCGCGGCGGCCGGCCCCGAGGGCCCGACACGCCUGCUGCCCGCGCACCCGUUCACCGACGCCGAGGUGCGGUACGGCGUGCGCGCCGAGGCCGCCUGUACGGCUGCUGAUGUGAUCGCGCGGCGCACGCGACUCGCGUUCCUCGACGCCGACGGCGCGCGCCGCGCGCUGCCCCGCGUGGUCGAGAUCAUGGCGGAGGAGCUCGGCUGGGGCGCGGCUAGGCAGGCGCGCGAGCGUCGCGAGGCGCUGCGCUUCCUCGAGUCCAUGGGCCUGGCGCGCGGCGGCGGGGAGGUGUUCGAGGAUGCGGAGGCGGAGGCCGCUCGCGUGACGACGAAGCAGAAGGCGCUGGCGGUCGGCGGCAAGCUCAACUUUGGCGGUGUCGUCGGCCAGCGGGACGCCGGCGGGCAGUAA